AUGCUCCACGCGUUCUUCAGGAAGAAGGAGCUCGUCGAGUACAUCUUCCACGAGUCGUCUCUCAUUGACAAGGCUAUGCAGACUGACAUGGCCGCAUUGAAGACGCCUCUCAGCAUCGUCCAGAAGUUCGCUACCUCUGGUGUGGAUGGGUCUGUGGCUUCGCACCGGGCGUCCGACUCAGGCGGCGGCGCUGACGGGGUGGACGCGCUGUUUGCGCUCAAAGUGGCUGAGUAUCGGAGUGGGGUGGAUGCCAAGGCGGAGGCGACGAUCGACGUCGCGUGGCCUGCGUGGCCCGGCGCUUUCGACGACGAAACUGCAGAUCUAGCCUUGCAGGAGAUGCGGAGCAGCGCGCCAGGGUUCCUCUGGCACGCGUACCUCAACGAGACCAGCCAGCAGGUGGGUGCCAAUUACCGCGCCUUCGUGGCCGCGUGCGCCAGUGGGCCUAUCCCCGCCGCCCCCGAGCUCGAUCAAAAUUUCGGCUUGUUGGGGGUCUCCGAGUCCGGGGAGGAGCAAAAGGAAGAGCUUCAGAUGUUCCAGGAGGAGCAGCUCAAGCAGCUCCGCAGGAAAACCGUCAAGUUCGUCUCUUUGCCGGCUGUCGGCGCCGCCUCUGGCGCGGAGUAUGCAAUGCCGCAGAUGCAGAGCGCGUGGGAGACGCUCAGCCUCGGGCGCCGCUUCGGGGGGAAGACAGGCGACGUCCGCGCGUUCAUCCUCUCGGCAGAGCUCUCCCCGCCCAACCUCGCCAAGCAAGGCGCCAAGGCGAGGUUGAGCGAGCAAAUGCAAUGCGACGAAGCGAAGUUCAAGCGCGUCAUCGAGUUCUCCAUGCAGAAAAGGGGGAAGGAUGAUAUCACCAUCCUCCUCGACGGCAGGAGCCGGGCGAACCGCCGCGCCAUUGAGUCCUCGGAGGAGACGCAGACAGGCGGCCCCCGCGCGUUCGUCGAGCGCUGGUUCGCGCACGCGCGGCCGACCGAGAAGGAGGGCCCGCGGGCCGCGGCCAGGGCGUCGAGCUACACCAUCAACAACAAGGAGAUGGCGCAUUUCUCGCCGCCACUCAAGGGCCCGCGGAAAGUGGCGCACCUCUCUGAGUUCAACGCGCGCGGCGAGACCUCGAGCGCAGCCGCGACGUACAGCGGCAUCCACGCCAAGACGAGCAUCCUGGAGGCUGCAUCUUGCGCCGCGCUCGAUGUCAAGCUAGCGCGCCUGCAAGGGGGCAUCGACGAGAAGGGCCACCCGUUCUCGCGCAGCGAGGCGAAGCCCCUCAGCUUCUGGCAGGCGAUCAUGGAGCACCACAAAGUGACCCACAUCGUGGACUUCACUGCAGGCCCCGGCGCCUUGGCCGCCGCUGCCUCUGGCGAAAUGGAGUGCGAAGGCAUCGCUUGCGACGAUGCGCUUCGGGGCCGGCUCGACUCCAUCGUGGACAGGCGCGUCGCGCACAAGGCGGGCCGCGAGGAGGGGUGCGCGGGGCAAUUGGGCGGCGACGCGGACUUCGCCCAGAAAGCCAGCAAGUAUAUCAGCGGAACCACGAUGGCGGCGCGCCG